AUGGUGCGAGUGCCCUGGCCGGCAGCAGCCCAGUUCCCCGACGAAAAGGUGCUCUAUGAGGCUGCAGUGGCGAAAUAUCUGAGGGUCAACACUCGCAUCCCCGUUGCUCAGGUGCUUCAUUACGGCCAAGGCUCGAGCAUUGGGCCUUUCCUCAUGCUCUGCCGUAUUGAAAACCGGGGCAAUUUGACACGACCUCUUUGUGUUCCUGAUCGGGACCCAGCCCUGACUCCGACCUUGAACCCGAAGCUCCCUGAGAGCAAGCUGAGAAGUCUGUGGGGCAUCAUGGCAUUGUGUCUCCUGGAGCUCGCCAAGCCUACAUUCUCUCGCAUCGGGUCCCUACUCGAGGUUGAUGGCUCCUUUCGGGUUGCUGGCCGACCUCUCACCUUUAAUAUGAGCAGCAUGGUGCAGCUUGGCAACAUUCCAGCAGCCGUCUUUCCUGCCAAAGAUACCACUUUUGCCACAGCCGAUGAGUGGUAUGUGCAAUUGGCCACUAUGCACCUAACACAGCUUAUAUUUCAACACAAUGAUCUUGUCUCGGACGAAGACAACUGUCGGAACAAAUACGUAUCGCGCCAGCUGUUUCUCAGGCUGGCCAAACGGGGCCACCUGUCGACAUUCGGAUUUGCCCAAGACAACUGGUCUGCCUUUGCUCAAGCAGCUACGCGCCCGAGAUUUCCAGCUCCCAACGGCUCGAACCCCUUCCGCCUCUGGUGCGACGACUUCCGGCCAUCCAAUGCCCUCCUGGACCGUGCAGAGGACGAUAUGCUGGCUGCUAUGAUCGACUGGGAGCUUACUUACGCAGCACCAGCGCAGUUUGUGCUCGAUCCACCCUGGUGGCUACUGUUCGAAACGCCAGAAAUGUGGAAGCCGGGUGGGGUGGCCGAAUGGAGCAAGGCCUACGAACCGCAGUUGGAGAUUUGGUUGAAGGCCGUGGAGGAUCAGGAAGAUGGGACAGCCUUUCUUGACGGGCUGCCCCUCUCAGCACAUAUGAAAGAGAGUUGGGAGACCGGUCGCUUCUGGCUCAAUUACGCGGCGAGGAAGAGCUGGGCAUUUGAUGCUGUCUUCUGGACGUUCCUGGACGAGCGCUUUUUCGGUUCGCGGGACCCAGAGGUCGUGGACAAGGAUUUGUGGCAGACGAGGCUGCAUCUCCUAAGCCAGGAGGAACAGCAGACCAUGGAGUUGUUUGUGAAGCGGAAGAUGGACGAGUCUCGGGAUCGGAUCUUGGUUGAAUGGGACCCCGCUGAAGUGAGACGGCGACUAGCAGAGCUAUCAUUCGAUUGA